AUGGGAGGAGGGAAGAGAGGCGUCGCCCAGAGACACGGACUCAUCCUGGGCUUCAGUUCACGAGGAGGGGGGGACCUCAGGGCCAGCUUCCUUGGCAGUCUGUCCCUGCGUGAGCCCACCUACUACCAGCCCUAAUUCCUGGUGGCCGGCCUGGAGGCAGCGGCCACCGUCUUCCUGCUCCUGAGGUCUGAUCACUGGGGGCGCCACCCAGUUCUGCCUGGCACCUUGGUCAUGGGCCUGGUGCCCCUGCUGCUCCUCGCCAGGCCCAGCAUGAGCGUGGGCCCUGCAGACCUGGGCUGGACUGUGUUGUCCCUCUCUGUCCUGGGGUUCUGGGUCUCCCAGGCCACGUCCACCCUCAGCAGCUUCUUUGCAGCUAAGGUCUCCCCGACAAUGACCAGGGGGGCUCCAGGCUGCCCAGCCACACGGCAGGACGUGAGGUCCUGCCAGCCCAGUGCCUGA